AUUCAAGCGUUGCAGAGAAACUUCCCCUCCAAGCGAUCCAGCAAUAUCAAAAGCAGCCUGUCCCCGCAGAGAGCCAAGUGGAUUCCUCACCUUCAUUGUAUGGUACUGAACUGGAUGCCAUUCCCAUUGUAAACCCCAAUUCUCCAACUACAGCAACUCCAAUUGUAAUACCUGAAAGCCCGCCAGCACCAACCACCACAACUCCGGCAGGUCCAACCACCACGUCCCCAACGUCAUCAGGCGGAGCCUGGUGUGUCGCCAACCCAACCGCAUCCCCUACAGCUUUGCAGGUGGCUCUGGACUAUGCGUGCGGCUACGGAGGAGCAGACUGCUCAGCUAUUCAAUCAGGUGCAGCUUGUUAUAACCCAAAUACUGUCAAAGAUCACGCCUCAUAUGCUUUCAACGACUACUACCAGAAGAACCCGAUCCCAACUAGCUGUGUUUUCGGGGGAGCAGCACAGCUCACCAACGCUGAUCCGAGUUCUGGAAACUGUCAUUAUGCAUCACCUAGGACAUCGACACCAACACAGCCACCGCCAACAGCCGUGCCAACGCUGCCAUCGCCGCCGCCACCCAGCACUACUUCGUCGGUGAAUCCUUACACCCCCGGUGCGCCAUCAGACUACGGUUUAGAACCAACAGGAAGCCCCAACUCAGCUUAUCCCGUGCUACACCACCCCGCACUGCUCUUCGCCACGAUUAGUUUCUCGUUUCUUGCAUCCAAAUAUCUCUAGCAAAUGAGACCGAAGCUAUUGCUAUAUAUGCUCUCUCCACGUCGAGAUGGUGAUCGAUCAAUUGCAAUUUUCUCGACACCAAGUUCUGAGAGAGCACUGGAAUUAAAUUUGGGAUACAAAUCUCAAAGCCUUUUUCUGAUAAAAAAAGAUCAUAGCUAUACUUCAUCUUUUUCUGCAUUUUAGUUCAGCUAAGAAGUGGGAGGAAAGGAACAAGAUAGUGGGAUCUCUACAGCUACAAGCUAUACUCUUUCUACAGUUAGGAAAUAAGUAUUCAGAUGAGAAGAGUUGGUUAUAGGACUGUUUCAAACAGAGACAUUUAUGCUAGCUUUAGAUUGACUCGAUGUCGACGAUCAGAAGAGUAAUAAUCUACUGUAUUCUGCAUUCUGCAUCAGAAACAUAAACACAAACAUAGCUUCUUAUGAUUAUAUUUAUUGUUGCUGAUGAUUAACCAAACAAGAAACGGUGGUAUCCGAAUAACUGCAACCGAUUUUGACAACUAUAUCACGUAAUGUAUAAAGGGUGUCCCGACGUACGGGACUUCUUGGUUUUUGUACACAAC